GGGGCGGGGUGAGGAAAGACAGCUUGAACGUGUGACUGUCAGGAAAAAUUCAAAAAAAGUGACUGACAAUUCAGAGUGACCAACUUUCAAUAGGAAUAGUUCGUCAGCGGUAAAAGAAGACAUUGGAAAUACUUUCUUGAUUUCAACAAAAAAAUCUUUUAAUCCUUUAAAUACCUGUAAAGAUGAGCUGUAUCCCUGCCUCACACAGUAUGAGCACCAUUCUCAAUCAAGUAGAAUCUCAGAUGGAGGACAGUUCAGUGGAGCGAAGAGGCAGCAGAGCCUACCAGAUCUUUCCAGAAGCUGAAAAGAAUGAAGACUCAGAUUCCAGUUACCCUGAUGACUUUCUGUAUAGGAGGGAGCGUCUCCCCUCGAUUGUUGUGGAGCCCACAGAGCUCAGUGAGUUGGAGAGUGUGGCGCAUUACUGGCCUCGUCAGUGCCAAAUGAGCCACAACGUGAAUGAGGAGGAGGAAAGCUCUGGUGAUCACACAGAGGCCUCUGUGGAUGGAGAUCAGCAGGAGGAAAUGGGGAUGGACGAAAGCUCAGUUGCUAGGAAGUCUUCUAUUGGACCGUCCCAGAGUCAACUGUCCCUCUCCCGGCUGACUCCGCCUGCCUCCCCCACCCACCUUGAAGCUGCCCCACCAUGUCAGAAGAGUUGAACCAGUACAACCAGUAUGGACUGACACCAUUGCAGUUUACCUGAAUUGUGUGUAUUUAAAAUGUAUAAUCAGUUCAUGAGCACUAUACCAAUAAAUGAGAAUCGUAUUGGGAAGGUUGAGUAAAGUGAAGAUGCAAGAUCCAUUUCGGAUAACUAAUAUUAAGCUGAAUCCAGUAUUGCUAUAUCUAGUUUAGAAUUAUCUGUGGUUAACUGCUGCACUUAAUGUAUCUGACUUGUGGACUGAAGUAAUGAGAGACUGUUGUGACAACCUCCAGUACUUCUGAGGGUGAUUUUCUUCCUUUGCAACACCAGUCUCAUUCCACAGCAAGCAUGUGAUGAAUUAUCCAGUUUACUAAAGCAUGAAAGCCUGGCCCAGACCCAAAAUGGCUGUUAUGGCUGUUACCGUAGCAAUAAGAGCUACAACUGUGGCAUGGAAUAAUUUAGUCAUGGCAUUAGUGGACCCACAGAAUGGAGGGCACCUCCAUCAUGUCCUAAGAAUUGACCAGUAUGUGUAUGAGGUUUUCACAGAUAAGAUUAUUAAAUUAAAUUGCCUAAUAAUUAAAUUGUAUAUGUCAAGGAGUAAAAUCAUCUUUGAUGGAAUUUAGACCAUGUUGGGACAUUACAGCUCUUACCCCCAUCAUUGGAAAUAUUUACUGCAGCAGUUCUAUUGACCUACUUACAAGUGUACAGUCCCUUCAAAAUGUCUUGUUUUUUUAAAGUCAUAGUCAGAGUAUAGAAGUCAUAGUAAUGUCAACCACUGUAGUAUUGAUCAUUUAGAUUAAUAACAGUUAGAGUAAUAAGGCCACAUUCAUGUUUACAAUGCUCACUAUAUCAACACCUUCAUAUAAUGCUGUAGGUUCAGCCACACUGUAGGUUCAGCCAUAUAAUUAGAAUAUAAUAGAUGUGUGACUGUUGAGAUCAUCAAUGUAAAUUGUUUUUAUAGUCACAGUUUUUGGGUGCACUGCUCCUUCUGUCAUCUUGUAAGAAAAACUGUUGAUAAAACCUAAACAUAAAAUUUCACAAAUA